UUUUGCUCUUGAAAUUUUCAGUCCCUCCAAAACAAGACAGGACUCUAGAGGAGAAACAGUUGACCUUGAUAAUAUAUAAAGGCCCUCAUGAGUAAUGUGCACAAGUCAAACCUGAAUAAGCCCCUUUGGUUGAUUUGAACUGAACUACUGAAGCGGCCAUGCACAGGUACCUGCAUCAUCAUGCUACAUAUAUUUUCUGUUAAUCCAAGGGAUGCACUGAGCUCGCUACGCGUUGCGUGUGGCUCUAGAGUGACUCGAUUUCGAACCACUUGCAUUGCAUCCGAGGCGAGCAGCGAUACUCGACGCCGUUGCUUCCCUCUUCAUCUAUCUCUAGGGCCAAGUUGUGCAUUUCUUUAACUGGCGAAACAUAUACUACAUUAAGUGUCACUACUGCCUAGCUACUACUGUGUGAUUUAUUUUAUGGUGUAAAUGGACUAUAAAUACAGCUGCGGUUUGAUGCGUUUCUUCUUCAUCAGCUUCUUCUUCUUCCUCCUCAUCAUCUUUAGAGUUUCAGAGAUCGAUCAAUUGGGUUCAGAGCAAUGACGAAUAGGUUCGCUUUCGAGGAGAAGGAGAUGGCACGCAUGCUUCUGCUUGUGUCGCGGGAGCAGCCGAUGCCCAUGCCGAUGCCGGUGGCAGUGCACGGUGACCGCGCCCUGGAGCGGGUGUUCGUGUGCAAGACGUGCGACCGCGUGUUCCCGUCGUUCCAGGCGCUGGGCGGGCACCGGGCCAGCCACAAGAAGCCACGGCUGGACGACGGCGGCGACCUCAAGCCCAAGCUGCACGGAUGCUCCGUCUGCGGCCUCGAGUUCGCCAUCGGCCAGGCGCUCGGCGGCCACAUGCGGCGCCACCGCGCCAUGGCCGCGGGCGGAGGCGGUGGCCUCAUGGCCAUGACGCCACCGGCAGCAGCGAUAGAGAAGCAUGGUGGCGGCAACGGCGCUGUUGUCGGCAUGAAACGCGGGCUGUGGCUCGACCUGAACCACCCACCUUGCGACGAGUACGGCGCCAGCUGCGAGGGCGACGACGAGUGCGGCCACGAUGCAGCUGCCGCCGGGUACACGUUCCACCAGUUCCUGGAUAUCGGCACCAUGGCGGUGGACUGCGUCUAGCUACCCCAUUCUCCACCUAUUACCGGGUUUUUGCCGAAUAGUACAAUAUUUUUCCUUUGUGCUCUUUGGCAGUAACUUCCUUUUUACCCUUUUUCUUCUUCUUUUUCUUUUUUAUGCAUGGAGAGAUCCAUAUUUUGUAGCAGUAGAUGAGUGGCCUGGAAGAUAUGCCAUGGUACAUAAGUCAUCUCUUUUCUCUUUGAGAUGAUUAAUUUAGUGCUUAAUUUGGUGGCUUCGGAGGCUCACCAGAGCUUACCUCAGGUAUUCCGGUUAUAAUUUGUCCGGUUAUUGUUGACAAAAAGUGAACCUUUGGUCCACUUUUUUUCCCCGCCAAAAAAUGGCUCAACAUGUAAUUAUCCAAUUGUAGUAGAGUAUAUAUGGAGCUUGUGAUUUAUCAGUUGG